AUCUAUGACCGAAGAACAGAGCUUCGAUGACGUCGUUGUUCAUAUAUCAAUGAAGAUGUUCGUGAUUGCGAAUUCGAUGUUGUAACUCAUUUCCACAAUUCCAAUAUCGCAGUCGCACACGAGAUAUCCAUUUUGAAAAUCCCAUCCGCUCAAUUUCGUAAUUUUUGCGAUAUUAUCCUUCAUCUUCCUUCAACAUUGAUUUUCCUAUAUUACUUCUGCCGGAGUUUUGUUAACCAGGUUGUUCUCAUUUUUAUCGCGUAUUAACCAGGUUGUUCUCAUUUUUAUCGCGUAUAAAUUUGAGAAUCGAGUAGUAGUAUAGAUAUCCUCACGAUUCGAAUCUAUUUAUAUCCAAAAAUCACCGUAAUUAUAAUUUGACGCCCACGCGCGAAUUACACCAUUUUUAAGAGACGUAUCUAAAUUCUAAGAGUCAUACACUGAGAAGAUUAAACCGAUCCAUUCCCGCACUCUUUGGCAAGGACUCCCCGUUCGAAUCGCUUGUUCGUGUAGAUAAAAUUCGAAAAAAUUCUUUUAAGUAGUCGUAACAAGUGAAAUAUAUUGAACGCUCGUAAAAUACAUCAUUGUUCUAUCCCCCCUGCCUUAGUUGUCUGUUGUUGACUAUGUCUAUCGUAUGCGCAAGUAGGAAUGAUAUGAUCCAAGAAUUAUAAUGUCGAAAAUUUUGCGCUUGAAGAACCAAGCGAAGCCGUGAGUACAUAACGAAUCGCAGGUCUGUAGAGCGGCGCUCCUUUCUCUUACCUUCAAGCACCUGCUGGUGUGGUGCGCUACCCCUGGUUACAAGAUUGUUCGCAAGCACGCCGUGCUUGUCGUGACUAAAGAAGUACAACUUGCUACCUCGUCCCCUACACGACCGAACAUCUUCAACGUUUUCGAUCAAAUCAUAAAAAACAAGAAGCAACAUCAACAUCUUCAACAAGGAGAAAAUAGAAACGAAGGAGCAGAACCUCUUCCAACGCCAAAAUGACGGCCUUCGACUUCGCAGCUUACGUCGCUUCGGCGGUGACCGUGACCGUGACAAAGCCACCGAGGAUAUGCAAGGCUGGUGGUUCCGGUAUCGUUUUGCCCUUCUCCGACACGGAGCAUGAGGACAUCAGCCACGGCGUGCGAGCCGUGAUCUAUCUCUUUGUGCUGGGCUGGCUCUUCAUGGGAGUUGCCAUCUCCUCCGACGUCUUCAUGAGCGGCAUUUUAAGGCUUGUUCCAAAAAGUAAAUCCAUCUUUUCGAAAUCGCAUCCUGGGAUCUCUUACUUUGAUAAAUUCAUGGGGAAAACUAUGUCUUAUAACAAGAUCUUAUUGAUUCUAGGAUACUUACUACAUCAGGUCAAGAUGUGAUUUGCUUUCUUGAGUCUAGCGGGGGAAACACAAGAUGGUUUAGUAAAGGAAAGACUUUUUUAGGGAACAACAACAACUCCGUCUAGAGACUAAUGAUACCACACUUCUAAUCUUUGAGAAGAUCACCUCGCAGAAAAAACGCGUGAAGCAUCCGACAGAUUCCAACCGCAUGGUCACAGUCCUUAUCUGGAAUGACACUGUUGCCAACCUCACCCUCAUGGCUUUCGGAUCUUCGACCCCGGAAAUCCUGCUCUCCAUCAUCGAGCUCGUCAGUAAUGAUUAACACAAACUACAUUGUUUUUUUACUACAAUAUUUUUUUUUGAUGCUGUUUUAUUCCGGUGUUACUCCUCUUUCCUCAAUUCGGUAUUUUCACUACUCCAUCAACUUCUUAUUCUUAAGUCACAUCGUUUAUUUUCGUUCUCAUAGCUAGGUCCAAGGGUACUCUUUAAUGACAGAGCUACUAUCAUAUCAUCGGUUGAUUAUCCCUCGUCUUAUUUCUUUGAACGUUUUAAUAGUAGAGCUAUUCAUUGCUCAUACUAAAUGAUCCCUGAUAUUGACAUAGAUAUUGAUGUGCUUUUCGCAGGACGGAGAAGGCUUGUUCUACGAUUACAUUUUGUACGAUUGCAUAUGUAGUCAUACUCACCAAAACAAGGCUAAUGAGUCCAUCUUGUCUGCAAGGAAAAAGUAGGAUAGAAACCAGUUUUCGCCAUCACUUUCAAGAAUAUCUUGUCGUUUAUUCGUCCUUCUGUUUUUUCCCUUAGUUUUUAGAUUCCACACUCGACAAUGACAUUAAUUCUAUAAAGGUGCUGUUGCAUUGUGUAAGUGAUGAAUAUUUAUUUAUUCGAUGCUCCUUCUUUACAUUCUUACUCCUUCGAAAUACUGAUCUUAGAAAGUCCUAGGUCCAUCUUAUUAUUUAUUCGAUGCUUUGAUCCUCUGGAACUCUACAACUUGGUCGUAAGUGAGCUCACUACUAUCCUACCCUACCCUACCCUACCCUACCCUACCCUAUCCUAUCCUAUCCUAUCCUAUCCUAUCCUAUCCUAUCCUACAUUCACCUCCACCAGGUAAGGACUUUUACACGGGUGAACUCGGUGCGAACACCAUUGUCGGCAGUGCGUCGUUCAACUUGCUCCUAAUUAUCGGGUUGUGCAUUUCCGUCAUCGGAAGCCACGAGGUCCGGUACUUCUUUUCGUCCUCGCGUAGCAUAUCAGACUUUGUUAAAAGUUUGAAGAAGACAGCCAAGAAGUGCAUCAGUUUUCAGACAUCAUCAAACAAAAAUUUUCUGUUGCACAUACUUUCUUAUAUUAAGCCCACCACGACAUUAGAUUUCUACACGACAUGAUAGAUUGGAGAUUGCAUUUGAAGUUGAUGUCACCUCAAAAAACUAAAAUGCAACACUCUCUCAACUACAGAAUGAUCAAGGAUAUGACGGUGUAUGGAAUCACGGCGUUUUUCGCGAUCUUUUCGUACCUGUGGUUGUACUUCGUCCUGCAAAUCGUUACCCCGAACCGAGUCGACAUUUGGGAAGGUGAUUUUUUCUUACAUUCAUUUAUUGAAAAUGUAUUCCUCUCCGGUUAUUCUUGGGGGGGGUUGGUUAGACUAGAUUGGUGGCUGUCUUGCCUGUGUCAUUGGUUUUGGAGUUGUGACCCUUCACCUUUUGAGUUGAUGACUAUAAUCCUGCUACGCCCACCAUAAUGUUUUGUCGACCAAAAAAGAGUGAUUCUGAAAAUAUAACUUUAACUUUUUAGGUAUUGUUACGUUCUUCAUGUUCCCGGGACUGGUGUGGGUUUGCUACCUGGCCGACAAGGGCUAUUUCUCCAAGGACCGGGAUGAGGUCGUCACCGAACGCGUUACCUAUACCGGUAUCAGCGAGGAGGAAAUCGGAGAGUACGCUGAUCGCAUCCGCAAGAAAUUUGGCAAGGAUAUGCCGGACGAGACCGUGUUGAAACUCCUCGAGACCGAACUCAAACCCAAAAAGACCCGCGCUACUUACAGGUACUCUAUAUGGAGGUUCUUCCAGCAAGACCUCGGCAAGUCACUGCAUCAUAGUUCUUCAUAUCUAUGAUGUCUCUAGUGCGCUUCUACUAGCAAUUUGAAGUUCAUCUGUACGAACUAGUUCUUCAUCUAAUUCGUGGAUGUUGAUCACUCAAGCAACAUCACAAAAAGAAUUCAUGAAAAGAAAAGCAAUUGAUGUUAAAAAGAACACCAAGACUUCUCUUUCACCUUCUCUUGAUCAUACAGAGGCGAAGAAUGAAAAAAAUCGUUGAGAAUCAAAUAUGCGAAUCUUAUCGAGAGAACGCUAAGAAUCAAUCACCUUGUUUUGAUCCACACAGUCGCUCUUCCCAUUUCUCCAGGUCCGAAGCAAUCAAGGGCAUGACGUCAAGGCACAAAAGCAAGGAAGGUGAGGUUGAUUCCAAUAGCAAGGCCAACGAGAUGCCUCAUGUGUAUUGGGACGUCCCGGACAACGAGUUCGUCUGCCUUGAGUGCGCAGGCACGAUAGAGAUCCCUGUGCGUUGCGUCAGCAGCACCAAGAAGGUACCAGCGUUGUUUUACAGCGUCUUUGUUUUAUUUUCUCAAUCAGAAGUAUCAUAGGAGAACGGGUAGUUCAAUGGGAAGUCAACUACAACCUUUUGAGGAGUGCUGAUCAGGGAGCAUCACCAUCACCACAUGUCCGGUUUCCGUUUAUACAGAAUAGGAAAAGAACAAAAUUCAUUCCGCUCCUUCGUUGCUGAUUUUUUUUUGGGACGUUUAGUGCUCUGAAAUUCUCAAAAAUGUUCCAUGAAAUUUACCACCCAGGCCGCUUUGUACUACGAGACUCGUGAUGGCACAGGCAAGCACCAGACGGAAUACAUCGCUACGAAAGGAAAGCUCGAGUUUGAACCUGGUGUCGGCGAAGUUACCCACAUGGUGAAAGUCGAUAUCGUCGAUGACGAGAUCGUCGAAGACGACAUGGACUUCUACAUUGAUUUGUUCCCGGUUGACAAGAGCUGCGAGAUCUUGUAUCUAUGAAUACAACUCUUGAUCUUUGAUAGAGAAACUAGUUGUUCUUGUACUAGCUUAGAUUGUAGAUGACAGUCAACUGAUGUUACUCACGCUUGCCCGAGGAUCUACUCCUGUGUCUUACCACUUCCAAAACAGCGGCCCAACGCUCCACGUGACGAUUCUGGACGAUGACUUCCCAGGCUUUCUGCAAUUUGAGCACGAGGAGGUGCAUAUCGGACAUGACGCCAGCGAGGUUGAGGUCCGUAUCCAACGAAGACGUGGUGGUUCAGGCGAACUCACUUGCAAGAUUCACUCCGAGGAAGGAAAGGCAAAGGACCUUGUCGACUUCGAACCUCUCGAGGAAGAAGAACUUACCUUCGCUGAUGGGGUACAACUUCUUCUGCAAGAAGAAGAAUUUUUAAUUUUUUCUAGCUUCCUAGAAUCAGUAUUUACAAUUCUACCUGUUGAUCUUCACACCAAAGGUUGUCACAUAAAGAAAACUACAUUCAACGUCGUCUUUUUACCUUGUAUGUUGGUUUGUAUUGAUGCGCUCCGGGCAACGCGUACGAUCUCGCUGGCUUUCUUUGUGCUUUGUGUGUUUUGUGCUAUGGUCGCCGGUGCGACUAUGGGGCGUUUAGCUUUGCUUGUCGCGCGAUGAUUUUUUUACUUCUUUCAUACUCUUUUUACUUCUUUAUCCAAAAUAACAGUACAAGUACUUGAAGACCACCCAGACUGACGCACUACAGGCGGACUCGAGUGAUAUUUUUAAGGAAUAUCCGUAAAAUAACAGGAAAUCGAAAAGACGGUGACCGUAUCCCUUCGUCCAUCGGCAGCACGCGCCCGCGCAGGCUUUGAGUUUCGUUUGCUCCUCACAGACGGAUCGUUCAACCCUGACACAGAUGGAGGCGAGGAUACUUGUAAGGAUUUCUAGCAUGUUGAUUUUUGAGCAUGGCCUCUUUCUUCUAAUUCACUAUUUCUUGAACCUCUACCACUUCUCUUAGCACUUAUAAUGAAUCUACUUUGAAAAAGUCAUUAUGUCAGGUAUUUGCACCCUGACCUUCAAGGCUGCAGGAGAGGGUGAGACAGAUAUGUUGAAAAAGGCCCGUACGCGCCUCAUAUCGAACUGGGACCGUGCAGUUAUUGGAAGCAGCAGCUACACUUCGCAAUUCGUUUCAGCAAUCUACUGUACUAUGUAUGAUUUAGAAAUGUAGUCAUUUGUAAAACGCAAUUUCUUGAUCAGAGUAAAACACGACUGAAAGAUGUUUCAUACUACUAAGAGGUAGUAAACAAGCAACUUUUAGAAUUUACUGUAAGUGGAUUUUCUAAACUUCUUGGUCCUCAUGAUUCUUGAUUUAUUUAUGUAGCACAGGAAAGUAAAGGGGAACAAAAAGAUGCAUUGCAAGAACUGUCGUCUUUCGCAAAAAUCAAAAUCUUCUCCAUCUUCUCCACCUUGAGUUUCUCCACUUUUACCCACCAGGGACAUUUACCUGUACAACCUUCUUACGUUUUCCUCCUACUCUUACACCUUCUUACCUAUGCACCUUCACGACCUCCUUGUUCUUACAAUACUUACACCCUUCGCGGUCGGUCAAUUUUCCCUCGUAUUUUUCCCUUUCUGAUACACAUAGGCGGCGGCUCUCCGGAAGAGCAGGCAGAGGCAUCGGCACUAGACAUGGUUUUUCAUGUCCUGUCAGUUCCAUGGAAUUUGAUGUGCGCAUGUGCGCCACCACCUACCUAUGGUAAUGGUUGGGCCACUUUUUAUGGUGCGUUGCUCAUCAUUUGCAUUCAGACCGCUAUUGUCGCUGACGUGGCGGAAAUGGUCGGUUGCAAUCUGGAUAUCCCGGACAUGGUCACGGCGAUCACUUUGGGUAUAUAUUUUAUCACUUUUACUCUCAUAUUGAUCACUCUGAUAGUGAAGAAAAACUAAAACCCUCCAGUUGUUAUUGAGUAGGAUAUUACGUAGGAUGAGGAAUGAAGUGAAAUUAUGAAAAAAGAGAGUGUAGUGAUGGUUGCAAGAGUUGUGAUGUUGAGUACUUAUGCAGAUUUCUUAACGUUGCUUCUCGUAUCUUCUUUUUUGAGGACACAGGAAUGCAUCGCAUAGUCUCGGCGCUGGUAUGCUAGCCAGUGUUAGACUCCAUGGAAUGGAAUUUGUCUCGAUUGGCAUUACACGUAGAGCAUGUUCUUGUUACGCAUGAAGAUCAUGAGUGAUCCCACGAUGUCUCGCGUUUUACGCGAGGAUUGAUCUUCAUGCGCAACACUAUAGAAACAGUAGAUUUUUACUGCCACAGAUUUUUGUUUUCUGCUUUGUAGUGCUAAGCAAGGUGUUAUCGCUUGCCAUUUCGCGCAUUUUCACCUCCACUCAGUUGCGUUGGGAACCUCGCUUCCGGAUACAUUCGCAAGCCGAACGGCUGCGUUGCAGGACGAGUAUGCGGAUUCGUCGGUGACAAACGUCACGGGAUCUAACUCCGUCAACGUUUUCGUCGGUUUGGGAGUUCCAUGGACGAUGGGUGCUAUCUACUGGGCCGUAGAAGGUAUUUCCAUUUUUUUCAUAAGCAAUUGCAAUCGAGCUUAACACUAAUAAGCAGAUAGAUGUCAGCUUCGCUUUCUCCUACAUCUUUGAGUUUCUCGUUUUCUAUAGUACUGAUAAAAUUUGAACUGCUCCUGCCGAAAGCGGAGCUGGCUAGCACAAGGAGUAAGGAGUAGUUGGCAAUGAAUUUCGAUGAAAGUAGGAAGAGUUUCUCUACUUGGAAGAUUCAGUCAUCUGCAAGUGCUCGUUGGUAUCAACAUUAUUACAACGAACUACAGGUAAGACGUGCGAGUACAUGCAGAAAAUCGCUGUCGUGAAGGGUGGUUUGGAUAUCUUGAAGAAUGAUGCUCCGGACGGCGGUCUAAUUCAUUACGGUGAGGAUUUGGGCUCCUCCGUGGUCGUGUACUCAUGCUGUGCCAUCGUUGCGAUUGGUACCUAUUGAUUCGUCGAAUUUUUUGCAUUGACUCAUCAUUGAUUCACCUAAUUCGACUCAGAAGUGGCAUUUCAGCACGAAAUAAAUAGGAUCGCAUCUUGCAAUAACUACUGCGAGAUCCUCUAGCCUACAACUAGUACCACUAGAGACGCGAUGAGGAUGAUGAGGAACAACGAACAUGCUUGAAAUUACCUUUGAAUCCAGGUGUCCUGUACUACCGGCGGGUCAAGGUCGGAGGUGAGUUUGGUGGACCCGCUAGCCUUAAGUGGGGAGCGUCCUUGCUCUUCGUCGCACUCUGGGCAACCUACAUAGUGAUUUCAUCCAUAAUAUCUAUCCAGAGUGAGAAUGACAGACCCGCGAUCAAAAUUCCUGGUGGCCUUGCUGCUCUGUGCAGCUCGAACAGCCAGGUCGCGGCCCACGCGCUCACGCGCUAA